AUGGCUUACACCUGUAACAGAGACAUUGAGCGUUUAAUGAAAUCAGAAUCAACUGAUUCUGCUCUUAAGCUGUUCGACGGAAUGCCUAUACGAAACGCAGUUACACGGGACACAAUAAUUUCGUGGGUUUCAAGAGGAACAUUGUCCUUCUACAGUCAAAUGGUUUCCCAAAGAGAGUUGAGUUCAUCUACGUUUUCGACUGUUUCUGAUGUAUAUCAAGGACUUCAAGUUCACAGCACAAUGAUUGAUUGUUCUUGGUUCAUAUUUGAUAGCAAGAGAAAUGUGGCAACAUGGAAUCAUUUCCAGAGUGGUUUUGGCGAAAUUGGAAGAUCACAAAAGUGUCAAGUAGUUAUGCACUAA